AUGGCAACCAGCAAUUACCUAGCAGUCCAGUGGUUUGGACUCCAGGCUUUCAAUGCCAGUGGCCCAGGGUCAGUCCCUGUUGGGGGAACUAAGAUCCCACAAGUCACGCGGUGCAGUCAAAAAAAGAAAGAAAGAAGGAAAAUGGCAAUGGGUUGCAUAGGGUUCAAAAAUCACUGUGUCCCAGUUGAACCUAACCGACCUAUAUCCAUAACACCCCACUAUAGAAAACUUAGGAAAAUUCUGUCAUCACUAAACAUGAUAGACUUUCCUACCUCUAUACCUAGUUUUAUGCUGUUCAUUCCAGCUAAACUAGCUUUAUAG